AUGCGACUACUAGCAAAAACGAAAACGGGAAGCACCAACACGACGCCCUAUGCUCUGCGCCCCAUGCUCUGCGCCCCAUGCUCUGCGCCCUAUGCUCUGCGCCCCAUGCUCUGCGCCCUAUGCUCUGCGCCCCAUGCUCUGCGCCCUAUGCUCUGCGCCCCAUGCUCUGCGCCCCAUGCUCUGCGCCCUAUGCUCUGCGCCCCAUGCUCUGCGCCCUAUGCUCUGCGCCCCAUGCUCUGCGCUCUAUGCUCUGUUCCCCAUGCUCUGCGCCCUAUGCUCUACACCCAUGGCCCACCCUUUCUCACCCUCAUCCCUGCUUCACCUCAUUUCCCUCCCUGCUUCACCUCAUUUCCCUCCCUGCUUCACCUCAUUUCCUUCCCUGCUUCACCUCAUUUCCCUCACUGCUUCACCUAA